AUGGUUAGUGUUUUCUCUCUCCGUCAGUCAUUCUUCGAGUCGGCCAGUAUGAUGAGCCAGCUCUCCCAUAAACACCUGCUGCUCAACUACGGCAUCUGUGUGUGCACGGAUGAACACAUCAUGGUGCAGGAGUAUGUGCGCUUUGGCUCUCUGGACACGUACCUGAAGAGAAACCGCAACACCAUCAACAUCACCUGGAAGCUGGAGGUGGCCAAGCAGCUAGCAUGGGCGCUACAUCACCUGGAGGAGAAGAGUCUGAUCCAUGGGAACGUCUGCGCCAGGAAUGUUCUGGUGACCCGAGAGGAGGACCGUAAGACGGGAACGCCCCCCUUCAUCAAGCUGAGCGACCCGGGCAUCAGCAUCACCGUCCAGCCCAGAGAGAUUCUGCUGGAGCGUAUCCCCUGGGUUCCUCCCGAGUGUGUGAAGGACAGCAGGACUCUCAGUCUGGCUGCAGAUAAGUGGAGCUUCGGGACCACACUGUGGGAGAUCUACUGCGGAGGAGAACAGCCGCUCGCUGCGUACGACACGGCCAAGAAGCUGCUGUUCUAUGAGGAUAAGCACCAGCUGCCGGCCCCUAAGUGGACCGAGUUGGCCAGUGUGAUCAACAGCUGUAUGGACUAUGAGCCGCUGCACCGGCCGUCCUUCAGGGCGCUGAUCCGAGACCUCAACAGCCUCUACACUCCAGACUAUGAGCUGCUAGUGGAGAGCGACACGGUUCCCAGCAGGCAUCGGGCCCCGGGCCUCGCCGGAGCGUUCGAGAGUCAGGAGCCCACACAGUUCCAGGCGCGACACCUGAUAUUCCUGCAGCUGCUGGGGAAGGGGAAUUUCGGCAGUGUGGAGAAGUGCCGCUACGACCCGCUGCAGGAUAACACCGGUGAGGUCGUGGCGGUGAAGAAGCUGCAGCACAGCACGGCGGAGCACCUGCGCGACUUCGAGCGCGAGAUCGAGAUCCUGCGGUCGCUGCAGCACGAGAACAUCGUGCGCUAUAAGGGCGUGUGUUACAGCGCAGGACGCAACAACCUGCGGCUGGUGAUGGAGUUCCUCCCGUUCGGCAGCCUGCGCGAUUACCUGAGCAAGAACAGAGAACGCUUCGACCACAGCAAACUCCUGCUGUACGCCUCGCAGAUCUGCAAGGGCAUGGACUACCUGGCGGAGAAGCGUUACGUACAUCGGGAUCUGGCCACGCGUAACAUCCUGGUGGAGAGUGAGUUUCGGGUGAAGAUCGGAGACUUCGGCCUGACUAAAGUGCUCCCUCAGGAUAAGGAGUAUUACACGGUGCGCGAGCCCGGAGAAAGCCCCAUAUUCUGGUACGCGCCGGAGUCUCUGACGGAGAGCAAGUUCAGCGUGGCGUCAGACGUCUGGAGUUUCGGAGUCGUCCUCUACGAACUCUUCACUUACAGUGAGAAGCGCUGCAGUCCUCCAGCGGUGUUCAUGGAGCAGAUGGGUGAGGAUAAACAGGGUCAGAUGAUCGUCUAUCACCUCAUCGACCUGCUGAAACGGAACUACCGUCUGCCAGCUCCAGAGGGGUGUCCAGCAGAGAUCCACUCGCUGAUGAAGCGGUGCUGGGCCCCAGAGCCGUCUGAUCGGCCCCUGUUCAGAGAUCUGGCUCGGACAGUCGACGAUAUCCAGGACAGUCAGAGCGGCUGAUGGAGAACACGCCAGAGACACGCUUGUGUACACGCUUACAUUUCAAGAUCCACAUUUAAUCUGCGUGUGGAAGACUUUAUUCAGCGAGCGAAUGGUUUUCUGCAGGACUCUGUUUGGUUUGUGUGGGAAACCACUGAUAAACAGCAGUAAACAACAGUCCACUCGAGCUAUAAGCAUGUGUUUAUAUUACAGUUAACAUUAUAUGAUGAGACAAUACCAGCGCACAGCAUGAUGAAGAGGCUGUUUUAUGGCUAUAAAUCAAUGCAAGUGAAUGACAGCGCGACAUACGCACAUAACAACAGAAGCGUCGCUCUAAUGAGAGGAGUAUGGUCAGCACAGACUCAGAUGUCACUGGUUUUGUGCUAAAGUUAGAGAAUGAAACAGCAGAGGGUCUUCUGCCCGGUAUAAAGACAGAAACAUGGUGCAUUCAAUCUCUGUAUGUUGUUAUUUUUCUCUUAAUAAUCUCAUAAAGUCCAGUGUUAACCCUGUGGAGGAGGAAUCAGAGAUGUGUUUCUCUCCAGCGUGAUGACAGAUGAGAUUAGACUGAAGUGUUCUGCUGUAAUCAGUGUUAAAAUAACCUCACAUCAGCACCUGCUGAGUAUCUCUAUCAUUAGCUGCCUUUACUCUCAUCAUUUCUGUUCGUUUAUUUUCAUUCAGGCCAGUUUUAUAAAGAGAUUUUACACAUUUUAAUGGCACUCUUUCCACUGGAUCUGCUGUUUUUAGUGGACUUUAUUGCAGUGAGUGGGCAACAUGACUGUGUUCCUGUUAUCUGUAGUGCUGGGUGAGGGAUGCGCUUGUGUGCUGAAGUGAUGUCUGCGAGUUUCUUGAAGAUCAACUGUAUAAAGCCGUCGUGCAUUUAAUAAAAGUGUUUUUAUUUUGGUCA